AUGGCCACCGCCGCCACCACCGAGGAGAGCGCUCCGGUCCCGGCCACCGCAGCACCCCAGCAGCCUGACUUGGAAAGUAGCGUAGAACCCGGCUCAGCAGCGAGGCCUGAGCCCAGCGAGGCCCAGCGUCACAGAGAGGAAAAAGAGGAUGAGGAAGAGGAGGAAGGGGGGCCGGGGCAGGAGAACGCAAGAGGGCAGAGUUUGGACCCGGAGUGGGUGGAGGAGAGGUUCAGGAUCGACAGGAAGAAGCUGGAGAACAUGCUGUAUGCUCCAAAGCACGGAGACGGUGAGACAGGAGAGGAGUUUUUCGAGAGAGUGAUGAGAGAAACUGACACUCAGGUGAAAUGGCCGUCCAAGCUAAAAAUUGGAGCCAAGUCAAAGAAAGAUCCACAUGUGAAGGUGGAGGGGAAGAGAGCCAAUGUUUUAGAAGCCAAAAAGAAGAUACUAGAAGUGCUGGAAACCAGGGUGAACAAGGUGACUCUGAAGAUGGAUGUGGCCUAUACAGAGCACUCCCACGUGAUUGGGAAAGGUGGUGGAAACAUCAAAAAGGUGAUGGAGGUCACAUCAUGUCACAUCCAUUUCCCGGACUCCAACCGCCACAACGCGACUGGAGAGAAAAGCAACCAGGUCUCCAUUGCUGGGCCCAUCGAGGGAGUGGAGGAAGCCAGGAGGAGGAUAAGAGACCUGCAGCCAUUGUCCUUGACCUUUGACCUCCCGGUCAGCCUGGUGCCCCAGACUCUGCCAGAUGCAGGCUCCCCACUCAUCCAGCAGGUAGUGCAGACGUUGGGGGUCAAUGUGACCUUUAGGGCCGUGCCACCUCAUCCUCAGGCACAGCCCGCCUUCUAUGAGAGCUGCUGCACUGUCUGGGGCCUGCAGGGUAACGCAGCUGCUGUCAAGAAGGCAACCUGCAUCCUGAUGGACCUGCUGCUGGGGUCGGAGGUCACAGGCAGUAUGGUGAGCAGUCAGCUGGAUGUCACUUCCCAGCAACAUCUCUUCCUGCUGGGGCAGAACGGAGCUCACUUCCUGAGCGUCAUGCAUCAGACCCAGACUCAGAUCAUCCUACCAGACCUCAGUGCUCCCCAGAGCCCUCCAUCACUGCUCAUCCAGGGCAGCCCUGAUGGAGUGUGUCUGGCUCGGCAGCAGCUCAUGGACUGCCUGCCUGUGUGUUUGAUGUUUGACAUGCGUGAGGACGGGGAGGCAGAUCCUUGUAAAAUGGCUCAGAUGAUGCAAAACCUGGGAGUCUUCAUCAGUGUCAAGCCCAAAGUGAAACAAACCAGCAAGUCAGUGGUGGUGAAAGGUCUCGAAAGGAACAUCUCCUGUCUUUAUGAGGCCCGGCGUCUGCUCCUGGGCUUGGAUUCCUGCGAGACUGCUAAGGUAACAGAGAUGACCCCUGACCCCAUGUUAGCUGGCAGCGGGCUGACCAACUAUUGGCUGAACAUGUUGCUUCAGCAGCUUCGUCUCUCUGAGCAGGGCUCUGUUCCUGCUCCCACCCCGGAGGCGCUAAGUGGUUCAAAGCCCCGCCCCUCCCCUCCACCAGGUCUCACCCCUCCUGCUGACGAGGGGAGGACAGGACUGAAAGGAACAGACAGCCGGCCACUGGAGAAGAUCCUAGAAAAUGAGGACAUGUCUGGCCAAUCAGAGGAUGAGAGCCCUGCGGUCGUGGUGGUGUCAUCAUCUGAGAAGUGUGAUGCAGUCAGCAGUAUCAGCAGGGUGGGAUUGAUGGACCGGAGGGGGAGUCUCCAGGGUCCUGAGAUUACCAAGGUUUUUGUUCAGGGCAGACGCCAUUCAACGGGGCAGGCGCUAACAUACAGACUGCUGAAUGCAGAGAUGGAGGGAGGGAGGAGUGAGCGGAGGAACAGCCUGAGGAGGGACGUGACACUGGCUCAGGAUGUUCGCGCUGAAUCAUCCAAGGCUAAGGAUUAUGACUAUGAGAAGAAGAAACUGCUGGCAACCAGAGCUAUGCAGAGGAAGCCUGUGGUCACAGAGGUCCGGACGCCCACAGACACCUGGAGUGGCCUUGGCUUCUCCAAGUCCAUGCCAGCCGAGGCCGUCAAAGAGCUGCGCAACAUCAGCCGACGCAGCUACAAACCCUACCUGAGCACCAUCAAUAGCCAGCAUCAGUCAUGUGCUGCUCAGACGGGGAAGGUGUAUAACGGGAGUGACUCGGAGAACUGGAGGGACAGACGUGGAUCUUCCUCCAUGCCCAUCUCCUCCUCCUCCUCCUCCUCCUCUUCCUCCUCCUCCCCCUCCUCACCCCCAUCCACCUUCUCCUCAUCCACCUCCUCCUUCCCUGCAUUUGCAUCCUCAGUGAACAGGAGCAGAGACGACAAACCGCCGGACGGCUUCCCAAGCAGCUACUUUGAAGGUGUGUGCUCGUCAAGGAGGGCGUCAACCUGCAGCCAGCGGAGCCCCUCCCCUCAGUUGACAGAUGACCUGCCUGAGCUGCUCAGCCAACUUGGCCUUCUUAAAUACAUCGAUGUGUUUGAACAACAAGAGAUUGACUACCAGACAUUCCUCACUCUGUCUGAUGAAGAUCUGAAGGAAGUGGGUGUCUCCACCUUUGGAGCCAGACGCAAGAUGUUACUGGCAAUUUCAGACCUGAAUAAGAGCAAGAGGAGGCUCUCAGAUACGCCCGCAGUGAAGUCUGGCUACCUGGAGGGCGGCGCUAGUGGUCGACUACCACGAAUCAGGGAUCUCGAAGUUGCUGCUCAGAGUAAUCGCUGGUGAGAGGAGGCCAGCUCUGAGCUCCAUCUGAUCGAUGUGGGACUAUUCAGCCUCUGAAAAAGUACAGCGCAGAGGUCAAACCUGCUUGUUAUUUACCGUGAAACCAUGGAUAAGUGUGAAGUUGGCCUGAAGAGCAGCAAACAUUUGAAUCCAGUGCCUUUAAUCUACAGCCAUACCCCAAAGCUUUUUAUACAAAAUCAAGACAAGGAGGUCUUCCCUUCCAAACCUCUGAUCCUCCAAGAAACACAGUGUAUAAAACACAAAUGAACACGAGAUAUUGACCCUUUGUGGUGUCUUUUAUCAUCAUAAAGUGCCUUUCUUAUGCAAACUCACUCCUAUGCUUUGAUCAU